AUGACGGAGAUGAGCGGGGUGCUGCUGCUGCUGUUGUAUAUGUCCCACUCAUCAUCUGCCAUUUGCGGCAUGCAGAAAGCCACCAUCACGGACGAGUCCACGGAGAACAUCGUCGGCAUCAACGAGUUCCCCUGGGUGGUGUCCUUACAGGACCAGCAUUACACCCACCUGGCGUUCGGCUGCAUUCUCAGCGAGUUCUGGAUCCUCACCACCGCCUCCUUUCUCCAGCACAGGAAGAAGCUUAUUGUUAUUGUUGGUAUAGCUAAUAUGGAUCCCCAAAAGACUGAUCACACAGAGUACCCGGUCCAUAGCAUCAUCAUCCAUGAGAAGUUUAAUAACAAGUCAAUGAGCAACAACAUAGCCCUCCUGAGGACAGAAUCUGCCAUAUUUUUCGACGACCUGGUCCAGGCCAUCUGUUUCCUGAACAAAAAGCUACAUAGAGAAUCCGUUUUGAGGAACUGCUGGGUAGCAGGAUGGAACCCCACAUCUGCAACAGGAAAUCGCAUGACAAUGAGUAUCCUGAGGAGAAUCUCCGUAAAAGACAUUGCCGUGUGUCCUUUUAGAGACCGGAAAACAGAAUGUGCCAGUCACACACUUAAGAAAUCCAACCAUGUUUGCCUGGGGGAAGCAGGAAACCCUAUGAUGUGCCAGGUCAAGAACUUGGAUCUCUGGGUCCUGAGAGGAAUCCUGACCGACGAAGGCAGCUUGUGCCCUGGCCUGUUUCUGUACACUGCUGUGGAAGAAUAUAGUGACUGGAUCAUGGCCAAGGCGAAGAAGGCUGGCCUUCCGCUGUCCCCGCUCAACCCCUGGGAGAAGUUGGUUCCUGAGUUCUCCUUUGACGAGUCAAAUAACGCCCUGACAACGAAUGCGUAUUCUCUACAGAGCUAUUCUGAGUGGCCUAAAUCCUACUCCCAAGGACAAAGAAUGUCCACAGUGUACGACCAACCAACACAAAACGAGCAGAACUUCAGGGCAAAUGGGCUUCAGAAAUCUGACUGGCCUUCGAAGGUGGCUGUUCAACCCAUGUACUAUGACUACUACGGUGGAGAGGCCGGGGAAGGCAGGGUUGUGGCUGGCCAGAACAGGCUGCAUUGGUCCCAAGAAAGGAUCUUGAUGUCCCUCGUGCUUGUUUUCUUGGGCAGCGGUGUCUAG